UGCACCUUCUGUGGAAGAAAGCUGAUGUCCAUUCAGAAACCCCCACAACCACCAAAAACUCAGACCAAGCCCAAGAUGCAACAAAAAGUUACACCUAAAACACAGCAAAAGGUUCAGCCAAAAAUGCAACAGAAGACACAACCAAAGACACAACCAAAGACACAACCAAAGUCACAACCAAAGACACAACCAAAGGUUUUGUUAAAAGAUCAGAAAAUUAAACCAAAAAUAGUUAUAAAAACAGUGCCAAAACAACCCAAAAUACAAAAGGUUCCCCCUCCACCAAUAGACAAGACUAAAGAUACCGACGGUGACGGCAUUCCAGACUAUCUUGACGAUGACGACGAUAAUGAUGGAAUUCCUGACCACCUUGAUGAUGACAGUGAUGGAGAUGGAAUUUCUGAUGAUAAGGAAAAAGAUUCUGAUGGUGACGGCAUUCCUGAUUAUUUGGAUGAUGAUGAUGACAACAAUGGUAUUCCUGAUCAUCUAGAAAAGGAUUCGGAUGGCAACGGUAUUCCAGACUAUCAGGAGAUUGACACGGAUGGUGAUGGGAUACCAGACUAUCUUGAUGACGACGAUGACAAUGAUGGAAUACCUGAUCAUUUGGACAAAGACUCUGAUGGUGAUGGGAUUCCAGAUGAUAAGGAGGUUGACACUGAUGGAGAUGGCAUUCCUGACUACUUAGAUGAAGAUGCUGAUGGAGAUGGAAUUCCUGAUUACCAAGAGGUGGAUUCAGAUGGUGAUGGGAUACCCGACUACUUGGAUGAUGAUGAUGACAAUGAUGGAAUCCCUGACCAUUUAGACGAAGAUGCAGAUGGUGACGGGAUUCCUGACUACCAGCAAAUAGACACAGACGGUGAUGGAAUUCCAGACUAUUUAGAUGAUGAUGAUGAUAAUGAUGGAAUUCCUGAUCAUUUAGAUGACGACGAUGAUGGUGAUGGUAUUCCUGACAAUCAGGAAAAAAUAUCAAAUGUACACCCUAAAACCCCCAAACCAAAACCAGUGAAAAAGGUAAAAACUGUAGCAGUUGACAAAAAGAAAGAUACCGAUGGGGAUGGUAUUCCUGACUACUUAGAUGAUGAUGCUGAUGGUGAUGGAAUUCCAGACUAUCAAGAAGUUGACACCGAUGGAGAUGGAAUACCAGAUUACUUGGAUGAUGAUGAUGAUGGGGACGGCAUACCUGAUGACCUGGAGAAAAUGUUAAUGUUACGUGCAAAGUUUCAUAAGAUGGGUAGAGCAAAGAUCGUGCCAAUCGAUAAGACAAAGGAUACUGAUGGAGAUGGAAUUCCUGACUAUUUAGAUGAAGAUGAUGAUGGUGAUGGCAUUCCUGACAAGGAACAACUAGAUACAGAUGGUGACGGUAUUCCAGACUAUUUAGAUGAUGAUGAUGAUGGUGAUGGAAUCCCAGAUAAUCUCGACAGUGACUCCAUGGAAAAAGAUUCUGAUGGGGAUGGAAUUCCUGACUACCUUGAGAUAGAUACAGAUGGUGAUGGUAUUCCGGACUAUUUAGAUGAAGACGCUGAUGGAAAUGGGAUCCCUGAUUUCCAAGAAAUUGACACAGAUGGUGAUGGAAUUCCUGACUACCUAGAUGAUGAUGAUGAUAAUGAUGGGAUACCGGAUGAUUUAGAUGAAGACGCCGAUGGUGAUGGCAUUCCUGAUUACCUACAAAUAGACACAGAUGGUGAUGGUAUACCAGACAAUUUAGAUGACGAUGAUGAUGGGGAUGGGAUCCCUGAUCACCUCGAUGAUGAUGAUGAUGGAGAUGGAAUUCCUGAUGCUCAGCAAAAGAAAGGCAAAGCUAAAAUAAAGAGGGGAAUAAAAACUAAAAUUGAUAAGAAACUAGACACAGAUGGAGAUGGAAUUCCUGACUAUCUUGAUGAUGAUGCUGAUGGGGAUGGAAUUCCUGAUGACAAAGAGAAAGACAGUGAUGGGGAUGGAAUACCAGACUACCUUGAUGAUGACAAUGAUGAGGAGCAGGAUGUUUCAGAAAAAAUUAACAAAACUAAAGAUUCUGAUGGAGAUGGAAUUCCGGAUUAUUUAGAUGAUGAUGAUGACAAUGAUGGCAUCCCUGACCACUUAGAUGAAGAUGCAAAUGGUGAUGGUGUUCCAGACUACCUCCAACUGGACACUGAUGGUGAUGGAAUUCCCGAUUAUUUAGAUGAUGAUGAUGACAAUGAUGGAAUCCCGGAUUACUUGGAUGACGAUGAUGAUGGUGAUGGUAUUCCUGAUUACCAACAAGUUGACACAGAUGGUGAUGGAAUUCCAGAUUACCUGGAUGAUGAUGAUGAUAAUGAUGGUAUUCCUGAUAGUGAAGAUGAUGAUGAUGAUGGUGAUGGCAUUCCAGACAGCCAAGAAGUUGACACCGAUGGAGAUGGGAUUCCAGAUUAUUUAGAUGAUGAUGAUGACAAUGAUGGGAUUCCAGAUUACUUAGAUGAUGACGACAAUGGUAAUGGAAUUCCUGACCACUUGGAAUUAGACACAGAUGGAGAUGGAAUUCCUGACUACUUAGAUGAUGAUGACGAUAAUGACGGUAUUCCUGACUACUUGGAUGAUGACGAUGAUGGAGAUGGGAUCCCAGAUGAUCAGGAACUUGACACCGAUGGUGAUGGAAUCCCUGACUACCUUGAUGAUGAUGAUGAUAAUGAUGGCAUUCCUGACUUUUUGGAUGAUGAUGCUAAUGGUGAUGGAAUUCCAGACUAUCAACAGAUUGACACUGAUGGAGAUGGUAUUCCGGAUUACCUCGAUGACGAUGAUGACAAUGAUGGAAUACCAGACACAGAGGAUGAUGAUAAGGAUGGCGAUGGGAUCCCUGAUGACAUCGACAUGCGAGACACAGACGGUGAUGGAAUUCCUGAUUAUUUAGAUGAUGACGAUGACAAUGAUGGAAUUCCAGACUACCUGGAUAAUGAUGAUGAUGGUGAUGGAAUACCAGAUGAAGAACAGAUAGAUACAGAUGGUGAUGGGAUACCCGAUUACCUUGAUGAUGAUGAUGACAAUGAUGGAAUUCCAGAUGAUGAGGAUGAUGAUGCUAAUGGUAAUGGUAUCCCAGAUGAUCUUGAAGGUGACACAGAUGGUGAUGGAAUACCAGAUUACCUUGAUGAUGAUGAUGACAAUGAUGGAAUUCCAGAUCAUCUUGACACUGAUCGCGAUGGAAAUGGCAUCCCAGACUUCAUGGAGAAAGACACAGAUGGAGACGGAAUUCCUGACUAUCUCGAUGAUGAUGAUGACAAUGAUGGAAUCCCAGACUACCUGGAUAAUGAUGAUGAUGGUGAUGGUAUUCCUGACGAUAAGGAAGACAUGGACGGCGAUGGAAUUCCUGACUAUCUGGAUGAAGAUGCAGAUGGUGAUGGCAUUCCUGAUAAACUUCCUGACCGAGACGGAGAUGGCAUACCAGAUCAUCUGGACAAUGAUAACAACGGUGAUGGAAUACCCGAUCAUGAACAGGACACCGAUGGUGACGGAAUUCCAGAUCAUCUAGAUGAUGAUGUUGACGGUGAUGGCAUCCCAGAUAAACUUGUUGACACUGAUGGUGAUGGAAUACCAGAUUAUCUUGAUGACGACGAUGACAAUGAUGGAAUUCCAGACCACUUAGAUGAUGAUGAUGAUGGUGAUGGAAUUCCUGAUCACCUGCAAAGAAAACAUUGUGAGAAAGAUAAAUGUAAAGGAAAGAAACUUCUUAAGAUAAAAAAGACUGGAGGGAGAGGCAAAAAGGAUGCAAGUAUAUUUAGUAUGGUGAAAAAUGCUUUGAAGAAUGUUUGGUCAAGUAAAAAAGAUCAAGGCCAUGGAAAAGAGAAGUAUCUGAAGCCAAUCAAGCAGAAACCUCAUGAAGAGUCAAUAGACCUGUUUGACUUAAUCGGCAGCAGACUGUUUGGAAACAAAAAUGACGAGAAGAAGAAGAAGAAAACUGGCACAGAUGAGAAAGGAGAUGAAGAAAUUCAGCAGAAAGCGAAAAGCAAAGCUCAUGCACAAAUAGAGAAGAUGGCAUAUUUGAAGAAACUAAUGAAAACAUCAAAGCAUGUCAAACCCAAUGUAAAAGCUCCACCUCCACCGAAAUCGGCACAGGGAUCCCAUUCAAGUAAGACGAUACAGUCUCAGUAUAAACAACAACAGGCCGCGCAGGACAGACUUAAGAAGCAAAUGGAUCAGAAAUUUCCUAAAAUGGGCAAGAUUCCAUCUAAAGUUCAGACUCCUAUUCAAGGCAAACCAGUUCCACAAGGGGGCUCAACGAAAGACAAGCAACAGCCAGAAAAACAACAGAAGAGGAAGCCAUCUUAAUUCCAUUAAUUGGCUGAAUUCUGAAGUAUUUUUAUUUUAGUUUCAAGGAACUGUAAAGCUUAAAAUAUGUUGUCCUUUUUUAUCCACAAUCAUUACCAUCUUUACCCACCAUCAACUUGCUGCUUAUUAAUAACCAAAUAUGUUUAUUUUGUUUUCUAAACAAGUACUAGUAUAUCAAAUUGUUUUACUAUUUUGAAGUUAUUCACAUUAAUAAAAUUGAAUUUAUUAUGUUAAUAAGAAAAAAAUUAAAUUAAGCACACAUUGUAAAAUCCAAAACAGAUUUCAGAGGAUUUUAUCAACAAAUAAAUACCAAUAUCCUAGCAAGAUAUACAAACUAGAUGAUGAGCAAGUUAUUUAGCUUUUUAUAAAUGAAACAUUUUACUUCUAAGAACAUUCAGGCUUUUAACCUAAUGGACAAUUUAAUUUAAGACUGCAUUACACCUAAACAAUCUCUUGUUAAACUUGUUCUUGUAGACUGUAAACAACAUAUCACAUUACCUUCUGUAAAAUAUUUAAAUAAAAUUACUUAUAUUUGUAUUUAGAAAAAUUAAAGAAUAUUAGAAAAAUUGUAAUAUUUUCUUUGAUAACAAGUUCCUUGCAUCUAAAAUUUUAAUUUUUCAGAAAGGUGAUAUUUAUAAUGUGUGGGGCUUUUCAAACAUUCCCUCAUUAUUAUGAAAAUUUUUAAGCAUAACUAAUAAGUAAAUAAAUAGAAUAUACAACACUGAAUACUGUCCCUCUCCAGUAAUGGACAGCCAUGUGGCCAACAGACAGGACACUUUACAGGCUAUGUUUAUCACCAUUGUUUAAGGGACUGAUAUGCUGCCCUGGUCAAGAUAAUGUGAAAUAGAUUUGAGCUGGAAUACAACACCAAAUUACACUGGCACACCCACAGAGACAUAUACUGGAAGAUAAAAUGAUGAAGGACUUAGAUGGAUAGAGAAGGGCAAAGCAAAAAUAUUAGAAAUGUUUUCAUGUGAAGUUUGAAAAAUAUUGGUUGAAGCAGAAACUUCAAAAGUGUAAUAAAUUAAUGACACCUGCUUUGCAAAACAGUAAUUAUGUUACUUAAAUUUGUGUAGAAAGCAAUGUGAUUUGCAAUUGAAAUUUUGACAAGAACUGUGAUAAAAUGAAUUACAAAUUUUUAAUAGCCAUUUUACAUUUUCUUUGGCUUUAACAGAGUUGAAAGUCCAUAGAAAUAUAUUUUAAAAAAUUAGAUGAACAGUGGAACUUUGUGAACUUUCCUCGGUGCAAAAGAAGAAAUGACAAGAAACAGUAUUACUUUGUUUGAGAUUUAAUUAUUAAAUGUUUGAGUUGGUUUGGUUAAGUUGAAUUAUGAAAACUUCCUAAAAGGUUAAUCUGAAAUGAAUUCUUAGGCCUGAUAUCUCACUAAUGAUUCAUCACUUCAGUUUGGUUUGAGAGGGUCAACUGAACUUUCAUGUAUGAUUCAGUUUUGAUCUCCACGCAAAAUCUGUUUUCAAGAACUGAAUGACUUUGCACAUGAAAUAAUUUGACAGCUGUGUUGGCAGUACUCAUGUGGAGCAGGAUAUGCUCCCCUUUCGCAAACACCUGAUAUCAUCACCGUUUUGACAGUGAUUCAUGAAUGCAUGUCAUCACAGAGUGUAGUUCAAGUUUUAAGCUUCUUCUAUCUGAUACAGUGAUGAGAAACUAGGCCUAUACCUCGACUGUCUAAACUGGACAUGGCUAAAAUGGCACAUUUCAGAGAAUUUGAUCUGUACAUUUUGAUAGUGUUACUUUCUGUUCCGAUUCCUUUGUAGUAUUAUACAGUAUGACAGUGUCAGUGUUGUAAGUGUAUUUUCAGACUGGCUUUUUGUUACGUUUUGUUUUUGUUUAAUACAUUCUUAGUUCUGAAACUAAUAUUAUUAGAUGCGAGAGGAUUCUUUGUUCUAGGAUUAGCAUUUGGAUGUAUUCCAAGCUUUAAGGUGUUUUAGGCUUUAACAAUCUGCUGUUUUAUUUUUUGUUGUAUUGAUCUCCAUGUAUUUCCAGAUACUGUACGUGUCAUUCUUGUGUAUAAUACUCCUCAUCAAGUCUUUCGUAUUAAUUAUGCAAACUUACUCUUGUACAUAAUGUGUAUCUAGCUGCAGGAAUGUAGUACACAAAUACAGUCAAACCUGUUUUAACCAGCCACCAGUGAGAGUAAUUAAUUCAUUUCAACUUAUUUUCUUGCUUAUAUCCCAAUUAAGGUUCAAACACAUGGCUUAGUGGGUUAAUUGUUUGUUAUUAGUGGUUAGUGAGAGAGAAGAGGGUGCAGUGAUCUU